GUGUAGCAAAGGUCAUCAGACAAGUGUGUGUAUCGAUAUACACAGGAACACAUAGCCCAAGAAACAACGAGAAGCGACACUAGUAGCAACAAGCCUGUGCGUGUCAAAAUAUACGAGCCCAAAGCGUGGGGAACGCCAUGGCAAGAAUUCUCAAGUUCUCAACAAUGGCGAUCUCCCAUACCAGCCACCGCCAGCAGCUCCUCCUCUCCUUGCUCGUUCACCUGUUCCUUCCGAUCCAGCUCUCCUACUCCCUCGGCGCCUACAGCAACCAAACUGCCAUGCCACCAGCAAAGGUCCAGUGCCAUCCGGACCAGGCCUCGGCGCUGCUCCGGCUGGGGCGUUCCUUCUCCACCAGCGAUUCCGCAUGCACCCUCGCGUCGUGGCGUGCCGGCACCGACUGCUGCGGCUGGGAGGGCGUCGCCUGCGCUUACGGCCGCGUGACCAGCCUCGACCUCGGCGGAUGCGGGCUGGAGAGUGCCGGCCUCCACCCGGCGCUUUUCGACCUGACCUCCCUGAGGCACCUGGACCUCUCCGGGAACAGCCUCAAUGAGUCAGAGCUCCCGGCUGUUGGGUUUGAGCGGCUCACCGAGCUCACCCAUCUCAACCUCUCCUACUCCGACUUCGCAGGCAUGAUACCACAUGGGAUACGGCGGCUCAGCAAAUUGGUAUCUCUGGACUUCUCUAAUUGGAUUUAUCUUGUUGAAGGAGACAAUGAUUAUUUCCUGCCACUUGGCGAAGGGCGGUGGCCCGUCGUAGAGCCAGACAUUGGAUCACUAGUCGCUAAUCUUAGCAACCUGAAAGAGCUUUAUCUAGACACUGUUGACCUCUCUGGAAAUGGGGCAGCAUGGUGCAGUGCAUUUGCUAAUUCCACUCCUCAGCUUCAGGUUCUCAGCCUUCGAAAUACCAACCUCAAUGCACCGAUUUGUGGGUCCUUGUCUCUCAUUCACUCAUUGACCAAGGUCAACCUCAAGUAUAACAAACUGUUUGGCCGAAUUCCAGAGUCAUUUGCUGAUUUACCUUCCCUCAGUGUUCUUAGACUUGCCUAUAAUCUCCUUGAAGGACCGUUCCCGGUGAGGAUCUUCCAAAACAAAAACUUGACAGUUGUCGAUAUCAGUUAUAAUUUCAAAGUAUCAGGCUUGUUGCCCAAUUUCUCAUCAGAUAGCAUUAUGACGGAUCUGCUUUGCAGCAACACUAACUUCUCUGGUCCCAUUCCGAGUUCUAUAAGCCAUCUCAAAUCUUUGAAGAGUUUAGGUAUCGCAGCAACAGACUCUCACCAAGAGCUUCCCUCUUCAAUUGGUGAGCUCAGAUCCUUGACAGCAUUACAAGUUUCUGGGGCUGGUAUAGUAGGAGAAAUGCCAUCUUGGGUCGCAAAUUUAACUUCUUUGGAAAUUCUGCAAUUCUCGAAUUGUGGCAUAUCUGGUCAAGUACCUUCUUUCAUAGGUAACCUCAAGAAAUUAAGUACAUUAAAACUAUAUGCAUGCAAUUUUUCUGGUCAAGUGCCCCCACAUCUGUUUAAUCUAACAAAUUUGGGAGUCAUAAAUUUUCAUUCCAACGGUUUCAGUGGUACCAUCGAACUCAGCUCAUUCUUUAAAUUGCCCAAUUUAUUUAGGUUGAAUCUGUCAAACAACAAACUUUCCAUAUUAGAUGGGGAGUAUAAUUCUUCAUGGGAGUCCAUCGACAAUUUUGAUACUGUGUGUCUAGCAUCUUGUAACAUAUCCAAGCUCCCUGAUAUCUUGAGGAACAUGCACUCAGUUCAAGUUCUUGACCUUUCAAACAAUCACAUCCAUGGCACCGUACCUCAGUGGGCGUGGGAUAACUGGAUUGACUCGAUCAUCCUGAUGAACUUAUCACACAACCAAUUUAGUAGUAGUAUAGGAUAUGGCUCUGGCAUUUCAGCUAAUAUGUUUGUUAUUGAUAUCAGUUAUAACCUAUUUGAAGGGCCUUUACCUAUACCUGGACCGCAGACCCAACUAUUUGAUUGCUCAAACAACCGAUUCUCAUCUAUACCAUUCAAUUUUGGUUCUGACUUAAGCAGUAUUUCCCUUCUCAUGGCUUCUGGAAACAAGCUGUCCGGAGAAAUUCCGCCAUCAGUUUGUGAAGCGACAAGUCUUAAGCUCCUCGAUCUCUCCAAUAACGAUUUGCUUGGCUCUAUCCCUUCUUGUUUAAUGGAGGACAUGAAUUACCUGAAUGUAUUAAAUUUGAGAGGAAAUCAACUUCAUGGAAGAUUACCAAAUAGCCUAAAGCAGGGUUGUGCAUUUGGGGCAUUAGAUUUUAGCGACAAUCGGAUUGAAGGACAAUUACCAAGAUCUUUAGUUGCUUGCAAAGACUUGGAGGUUUUCGAUAUCGGGAAUAAUCAUAUUGAGGAUACAUUUCCAUGUUGGAUGAAUGUGCUUCCUAAACUUCAAGUUCUUGUUCUAAAAUCCAACAAGUUUGUCGGAAAUGUGGGGCCUUCUGUUUCUGAAGAUAAAAAUAGUUGUGAGUUUAUAAAUCUUCGAAUUUUUGACUUGUCUUCAAAUAAUUUCUCAGGAUUAUUGCGUACUGAAUGGCUUAGGACAAUGAAAUCCAUGAGGACUAAAGCUGUCAAUGAGAGGUUGGUCAUGGAAAAGCAAUAUGAUCCACUUGGCCAAACAUACCAGUUCACCACUGCAAUCACAUACAAAGGAUCUGAUAUCACUUUUUCUAAAAUAUUGAGGACCAUUGUAGUCAUCGAUGUUUCAGAUAACGCAUUCUAUGGUGCCAUUCCCCAGUCAAUUGGGGACCUUGUCCUGCUCAGUGCGGUAAACAUGUCACAUAAUGCCCUCAAUGGACCAAUUCCAUCUCAAUUUGGCAUGCUACAUCAACUUGAGUCCCUCGAUCUAUCUUCAAAUGAUCUUUCAGGAGAGAUCCCACAAAAGUUGACAUCACUUGAUUUUCUUUCAAUACUGAAUCUAUCCUACAACAAGCUGGAGGGUAGAAUACCCGACUCUCCCCACUUCUUGACAUUCUCUAAUCUCUCAUUUCUAGGGAACAUUGGCCUAUGUGGACUUCAAGUGUCCAAAGCAUGCAACAACAUGACACCUGAUAUUGUGCUACAUCAGUCGGAGAAGUUACCAAUAGAUAUUGUACUGUUCCUUUUUGCGGGUCUGGGAUUUGGUGUCGGAUUUGCAAUUGCAGUUGUCCUAACGUGGGGAAUCUCAUGGAGAUCAUUGUUACAUUUCAAUGCCACAACAGUGAGCUACCCAGACAAUGCAUUGCCUUCGAUCUAUCCAGCUGCUUCACCUAACCAACUACAAUUACUCAGAAGGGGCCAAGUAGGAACUGAACCUAGAUCAGCUGGUUCGAGUGGGAGGUAUGGUCAUGCAUCCAAACCACUUAGUGUUGAGUCCACUUCAACUCAAAUUUGCAUGCCUAUUUCUUCUUCUUAACGAAAAAUCACUCAAUCCAUCUUAUGUUGGAUAUCAUUUUUUUCAAGAAGGGGUCAAUCCCACCUUCCCAUCACACUCAAGGAUUGGUGUCUGUGUUAAAAGGAUACUCUUGUAAAGAGUCUUGUAUAAACAUGUCAAAUGAACUUGAUGGCAUUGGAUACUUAGAUGCAUUGGUUAAAACCUCUAGCUAUAGAUAGACUUUGUAUAGAUAGAGACGGUUUAAACCAAGUGUAUCUUGUAUCACAAGUUGUAAUCAAACUCAUGUAAUUUGUUGGGGAUUUCCUCUAUAUUAACAUGCAGCCGCGGCUAGCCUAGGCAGGCAGCCACGUUCACCUAA